GGCUUGUCAUUCAUAUCAAAUAAUUAAAAUUAUAUUGUUUUUAAAUAAUGUCGUCGCCGGCUGAAGAAGAGGAAUCGGCGGACAGUGUCGCAAAACAUGAUUUCAUCGAACUGAAGAGUAUGAAGGACUUGAAAUCCUGCGAGCAGCAACAACUGCUGCAGUACGUGGAAAAGCUGCACGGAAUUAUCCGAAAAUACGACACCAAACUGGCAGCCUAUAAACAAAAACUAAUUCACUUCCUGAAUCAGGAAAAAAAGACUUCCAGCGACAAAUCCAUCCAAACCAAUGAAUUGCAAUGCGAGGAAAGCCAGGACUCCCUGGAAAAUGAAGAAGACGGCGAUCAAAAAGACAAGCCCAACGAUUUAUCGGCGACAGACGCUUUUAGUUUUGUGGACGAGAUGCGGCAGGCGGCCAAGCACGCCGAAAACCUGAACAACUUCGUCUAUGAGCCGACCUCAGGCUUGUACUAUGAUCACAAGACGGGAUACUACUAUAACGCGGAGUACGGAUUGUACUACGACGGUAAUACCGGUUGCUACUACAGCUACGAUAAUGCCAAAGACUCGUACGAGUUUCACUCGCAGGCCCACGUACAGGCGAACAAGGCGACCAAUCCAGAACCAGAGGACGAACAGGUGGAAUUCGAUGAGCUGGGAGGUGUCAUUACGGACCAGGACACUUUGAAAAAGAUCAAGGCAGAGAAGCAAAAGGCCAAAGAUCGAGCAGAAAAGUCCAAGCGUAAGGCCAAGGAUAAAAAGAAAGGCAAGAAGCACAGCAAAAAGAAACGCAAGAAGGAGCACCGUCACAAGACGAAGAAGCGUCAUAGGGAUUCCGGCGAUGAGCGGGAUGAAGACGCCGAGGAGGGCGAGCUGUCGCAAAGUACUGACCCCAGUUCCGAUUCCAGCGACAAUGAGGAGACCGGUAGCAACAGCGACACGGAGGACAGCAAUGUGCCGGUCUUUAAGGCUGCGGGACGCUUUCAAGACAUUGCCAAGAAGUAUCCACCCUCGCUUCGCAUCAUUGUCCAGGAGACUAAUGUUGAGGCCUUAAAGGUGGGAAGCCUACACCUGAUAACCUACAAAGGUGGCUCGUUGGGACGUGAGGGCGCUCACGAUGUUAUCAUACCGGAUGUUAACGUGAGCAAGUGUCAUUUGAAGUUCAACUAUGAAACCAAGUUGGGAAUCUACAAGUGCCUUGAUAUGGGCUCCCGCAACGGCACCAUUCUUAAUGGUUCUAAAAUGUCCUGUAGUGCCAUGGAUCUUGUUCAUGGCAGUGUCAUCACAUUGGGGCAAACGAAACUCCUGUGCCAUGUGCACGAAGGCAACAGUACCUGCGGGCUCUGUGAGCCAGGUCUGUUGAUAGAAACACCUACACCAGUUGUAGCCACAGCUGGCGCAUCCACCGCAACUGUAUUAUCUCACAAGGAGCAGCUAAAGAAGCUGCAACGCAAGUAUGGACUAGAAAACGAAAAAUUUGUUGAGCCUGGCAAUGGUCAGUCCAACUACAAUGAUCGUGCUGCGACAAGGCGUGUCAAGGUGGGCAGCAGCACGGAUAAAGAAAAGACUGAAGUGGCUUGUGUGAACACUGAGAUCGGCAGCUCAAAUAAGGGUUUCAAAAUGCUAAGUAAACUGGGGUGGCAGAAAGGCGACACUCUGGGCAAGACUAACGCGAGUGCUGGACUUCUGGCUCCGAUCAAUGUGGUAGCCAAUGAGGGCACCAGCGGUCUGGGAAACACAGACACCGUAAUCUCUAGCUCCAGACCUAUGGACAAAAGGAAGUUGGCCAAUUUGAAGAUCACUCAGGCACGAUAUCAACGCGCAAAAGACAUCUUUGAUCAGUCCGAUGACAGUGAUUAAGAAAUGCAUUUUUAUUUAUAUUGGAAACACAUUUAAUUAACAAUUACUCAAACAUAUUCAUAAGUAUGUGUAUAUAUAUAAAUGUAUGUAUAUAUACAUUGGUUCUAUAUAUGUAUAUAUUAAUUCAAAAAUCUUGCUAUAAGGUUAAGCUAUCAGUCAAUUAAUUAAUUUAGCUUCGCUUAUGAACAAAAAGUAUAGAGGGAAAGGUAAUGUUAAAUAAAUAUGACGUCGCGUA